CUCCACAAAACUAUCGUGUAACCUCAGACUUUCCGCGUUUAAAGUCAUUAUGAAAAGGGUCUAUUAUUACAGCUCGCAAUACAAGUCACAAAGGCCACCUUUUACUACAAUUUCAAAGCAAUUGCUCGCCGGAUAAUACUGUUAUGAUUCCGGGAACACGUAUGUACAAAAUACCUGCUGGUAACCUGUCAUUGUGCUUUCAUGAUUCUAUUAAGUAUUUAAGAUCUAAUUCUGUCGUAAUUUCACGCCGUGCGGCGAUAAACUAACAACUGGAACGUGAAUUAAUCAUUCAACGAACAGAUGAUGUACCCUGAAGCUUGACUUGAACUUAAGCAUCUUCUGGGGAAAACAUAAGAGCUAGCGCUUAGAGAAAGGUUUUCUCUAGACUAGAUGAAAAGAAGAUUAUUGUUCUUUGUUUAGGCAGAGUAAGAAAAGGUAAACAGUGCUUCUGUCUGCCGAAUGAAGAUUUUGCGACGCAGAAGCAUCUUUUUAUUCAUUGUCUUUCUUGGACUUUUAUCGUUGCUCCUUCUGUGGCUUAAUAACAGCAUCGUAAAGCUAGCGAGGGAACGAUGGUAUGCCGUCAGAGAACGAAGAUUGUUGGUCAAUACCUCGAUCGUGAAUCUAACUAUAGAUGCGGACAAUCAAAAUCUAACCACUGUUGAUAAUAAAGGCGUAAUAAAGGCACUAAUUCAUAGGAAAAUACAUCAACGCAUAUCUCUUGGUCAUCAAAAUAGAUCUAUUAAUCAUCAAAAUAGAUCUAUUGAUCAUAAAAAUAGAUCUAUUGAUCAUCAAAAUAGAUCUAUUAAUCAUCAAAAUAGAUCUAUUGAUCAUCAAAAUAGAUCUAUUGACCAUCGAACUCCAUCAAGUAAUCGUGGAACCCAAUUAAAUUCCACAGCCAGAAAAAUGUUGAAACGCAAAGAAGGUAAUUUUAAGCAGGCUCAAGAUUCUUACUACGGAAAAGGCUGCAAAACUAAUUUGUACAGGUCAAGAUUGAAAAUCAUUUUCAACGUCUGGAGGGAGAUGGCAAAGCGGAGAAACAUCACGAGAUAUUUUAUCGCUUAUGGAUCGUUUCUCGGUGCUGUUCGGAACGGCGAUGUCAUUCCGUAUGACUCCGAUAUUGACGUGUGCAUAUUCAGAGAUGAAUAUCAUAAACUUUUCCCAGAAGAAUCGAGUCGACCUCUCGACUUAAACGAUGGGACAGUUCACUUGCUUUUACAAAGGCAUUCCCCCCACCCAAAAGACGACACACCUCGAAAAGACUGCAAUGGAAGUUUGGUCAGAAGAGUUGCUGACGACUGCGCGAUCCUCGAUCCACACGCGAGAUUAUAUCAGAGUUCUUAUGUGUACAUGGAUAUCUUUCUCCUCGAGGAUUUCCGCUCGGUCGUGUACGAUGAAUAUGAUUAUAGAUUUUUAAAGCGAGACAUCGUAUUACCGUUGCGACCGUGUAGGUUCUUAGGAAUGUCCACGUAUUGUCCCAAUGACGCGGCCCGAUAUUUGACGGCGUAUUAUGGUGCCACGUACCUGAAACCACAUCAUAUCUGUCAGGGGAAUAGAUGGUUUGUGAAUAUGCCCGAUGCAAGACCACGUUUGCUGUGAUCAUAGACAGAUUAGAGAGUUUUAGAUUCGACUACGGCCGCUCCCGCUACAGCUGCGAGAUUCGUCACUGUGGCGCGAAACAAUCGUUGUAUGCAUACGCCACCUCGUGCUGGCAUGAUAAAACCACAAAAUACCUAUCAGAAGAAUAACUCUAAGUGACGAAUCAUGACGAAUCACACUUACGAAAAAAUAGUAUAGAGUUAUUCUUCUGAUAGGUAUUCUGUGAUAAAACUCUGCAAACACAAUAAGGAACGAAUGUUUAUCCUAUCAAAUAUUUCGGAAAUUUUACGCCCACUAUUUCGAAAAAUUCACGCAAUCAAAGUUUAUACACAUGAUCAACAGUUCUUUCAAAAUAUUUUCUGGAAAGAACGAGAAAAUGUAACCUUUUGUUGCUUUUUAAAUCACGUAGUGAGGACUACGAAGUUUUCUUAUAAUGCCGUAGUCAGAUGAGCGACGGCUACGAGUCUCUGGCGUCAGUCAAAGCAUCACGAAUAUCACGUCAAUAUGACGAAUCUCGUAGCGGGAGUCCGUAGUCAAAUCUAAAGGCUAAUUUCCAUUCCGGAAAACGAGCAGCGGAUCGGAUCGGAUCGGAUUUUUUUCCGAGCUGGUCCGAUCCAUGAAGUGAUUUCGGAUCGAAUCAAAAAAAGUUAAAACUAUUUGAACUUUUAUUUAUCCGGUCUCGGACGCUUUCGGAUCAAUAUAAGCCAAAAAUUUCAACCGACGGCGCACGCGCGGAUUAUCUUUCGUUCCGAUCCGAUCCGAUCCGCUGCUCGUUUUCCGGAGUGGAAAUUAGCCUUUAAGCUCCCUAUUUAGAUUGUGGACGGGAGCGUCAAAACGACGUGAUCUACAGUAGAAUGGCGAAUGAAUGGCGUAAUGCGGCAUAUAUUCGCCAUCCUCGUGUCGUUCUUGGUGUUCUUGUGCUCAAGAUCUGCAUGUCUCGUAAUAGGAGUAGAAGAAUUUUGUUUCCAAGGUAUCAGAGGGAUUAAUCAACGAGGAAUGCAACUCUAUGACAAAAGAGACAUUUGCUUGGGGGGCGAAAUGAGAGGUACCGCCAUGCAGUCAGUAUAAAAUUAAAAAUGUCCCUGCAUGACCUGCUUAUAUAAUUGCAAAGACAAAGUAAGGCUUUGCAUUUAUUAUAUACGUGUCAAUUAGAAUCGAAUAUAUAUAUAGCUUAUCUUUGAUCUUUGUUCCUCAGAGGUUUAGCGGAAAUCUUCUGGCUAGAGUCUUUACGGCAAUCAUACAUGCUUCCGAUUUCAUGAAAUUACAAAGAUUUUGUGGGUUCAGUGGUAAACUCAUUUUUGUGUAUAGAAUUUAUAUAAAACGCAAGCUUCAUAAUUUAUAUACGUUUCUUGUUUCGUUGGCC